GUCCUUUCCUUACUUGGGCUCCGGCGGGCAGGAAUUUGCAGGCGAAAGCAAAGCCUCCCUCCCUGGGCUGGAGUGGACAAAGGAGGCGCGCGCCCUGUUGCCCCGGCAACCGCGGCCCGGGAGGAGCUGCUUGGAUGUUGCCUUGCAGCUUGAUCACUUGCAGGAGAGUAAAAACACCUUUGCACAACAGCAGCAGUCGGGAAUGUCAACAAGCUUGGACCAACAGUAUUCCCAAGCCUGUGAAGAACAGAAACAGCCUGAAAAUCCAUAUAUAGCUCACAUUCUCCGAGAAGUGAAGCAGGAUGAAGAAAUGUUUGGCAAAAUCCAAUCUAAUCCUUUCUGUAUUCAUUGUUAUUUUUCAGGACUGGACCUGAGGUAUAACCUGUUAACAGAUGCUGGUGCAGUACACAUUGCAGCUUUCCUUCAGGAUAAUCACACCUUACUUUACCUCAAUCUGAUGUUUAAUGACAUUGGUACCAUUGGAGCAGAAUUCAUAGCAAAAGCUCUGCAUAGGAAUGAAACCCUGCUUCAUCUCAGGAUGACAGGCAACAAGAUCAACAACAAGGGAGGAAUGUAUUUUGCAGCAAUGAUGCAGGUUAACAGCACACUACAGAAGCUAGAUUUUGCAGACUGUGAUCUGCACACACAGAGUCUCAUAGCUUUAGCAACAGUUCUGAAUCAGCAUGAAUCCAUCAGAGCCAUAAACCUAAACCGGCCAAUACUUUACAGCGAAGAGGAAGAGACCACAGUCCACAUAGCUCUCAUGCUGAAAGUCAACAGCGUCCUUGUGGAACUGCAUUUGUGCAAGCAUGAAAUGAAGAAUUUUGGCGUGGAACGCCUGUGUGAUGCAUUAUAUGAGAAUACCACUCUUCGAUAUCUUGAUCUUAGCUGUAACAAAAUUACUCGAGACGGUGUCCAAUUUCUGGGACGGUUGUUGAAGAUUAACAGCACCUUGGAAAUCCUGGAUCUUAAUUUUAACAGGAUAGAAGAUGAUGGCGCUUUCUACCUGAGUGAGGCACUGACUUCUUAUAACCGGACCCUUCAGGCGUUAGCAGUGACACACAACAAUAUCUCUGGAGAAGGAUUGGUUGCCCUAUCGGAAUCAAUGAAAAUAAACUCAGUCCUUUCCUACAUCUAUAUAUGGGGAAACAAAUUUGAUGACGACACCUGUGUGGCAUUCGCAGACUUAAUUAAAAGUGGCCGCUUGGCGCCAACCGGCACAGAUGUGGAGGCAUAUGAAGUGGAUGGGACAACAUACCUUGCAGAAGUCUCCCAUGGCCUGAAACAGUAUUACUAUUGGACCCCAAGUUAUGGAGACCCUGAAAGCAAAGAUGCCAAUGCUUCUCUGGCAAUAGCUCCAGUUACUGAAAACUUGUGA